GAGAGACCAGGAGCAACAGCGACGGCGGCAGCAGCAGCAGAAGCUACGGUGGAGUUUUUAUGUUUUUAGUAUUUUUUGAAGACGUGGAAAGCGAAUUUAUCCACCAAAGACCGGAAUCCUCGUGGGUAAAGGUAGGCAUGUCCCUUGUUGUCAUUUUCUGUAAUGUCACGUGCGUUAAAUCGCGUGUCACGCUCAUCAUAAACGGGGUUAAACGCUCCUCGGAGGAGCGUCGCUUUGCGCAGCUUGGUGUCCGUACGUCACAAAAAGAUGCCUAAACUUUGUUUCUCCGUUAAAUGACAUUUUGAGUUAAAACUUCUUUAGAGGUGUCAGUGUUAUUGUACAAAAAUAAAAAUAUCAAGUACGAGGAGAGGCAAUUUGCAAGCCUGUAAUCCAUUUAUAUACAAAGUUGGUGGGCAGGCAUGUUCUAAUGCUCUAAACUCAGUUUUAACCCCUUUCUUCAAAUCUUUUCUUCACAUGUUAUGAACUUAUGGUCAUCAUAUGCAAGACUGAAUUUAACCUGACAAUCUGCAGUAGCCUAUUUAAACUGGUCACUUAAAUGUGACUGUCAGGGUGUGACUGAAUCCAAUCUUAUAAAAGAAUAAAAACAGCAAUGACAUUUGGUAUUAGGCAAACAAAAAGUUGAUCUUAAAUGUAUUUUCUUCUCCCAUGAAACGCCUUUGUUGCAUCUUUCAUUUUCUCAAAUGUCACUUAAGCUGAUUAAUCUUGCUUGUAAGUCAAGUAUAUCUGGAACCAGCCCAGUCAUUUACAUAGCCUAUUCGUCUGUUAAAUACCGUUCCUGUUGCCUAAGGCUUGGUGUUAAAACAGGCUUCUGCAGCCCAGAUAAAGUCAUAUCAGAUAAGAGUGACCAGGAGAUGUAUUUGGUGGUUUGUCAUUACAUUUACAGGCAAACCAGUCUGUCGUGACUGUUUCUAAUCUGCCUGUCCUCAUGUUUCGUGUCCCAAAGGUUGCAUUCCUCCUGACUGGCCCCCUGCCCCCUUCUUGUACUUUCAAAAUGUCAUUACAGCCAAUGAGGAUUUCAUUCACAUUACAAGAUCCUUCAGUAAAGGUCUUGAUCUUACCAGAUUAAUAGACACUGUUGAUACGGUUACUGUAAUAUCUGUAAUUCAUAUCUGACCUUUUUUAGUAUAAACAGUAUCAAAGUAUCAGGUUAAGUCAAAUUAACACUCUUAAGAGUCAUUUUAAAUUUUAGGGCACUACAAAUACAGCCCUAAAACCUAUUUUUUACAUACCAUUGCAUACAUCGCAGAAUCAAACCAUUAAAACAUUCAUUGUAGUCUAACACAACACAAGUGAAUAUUUGCCUAAGUAAUGCAUCACUUGCUUUGAGGUAUCCUGAGUACAGUAUCAUGUGAGUCCACGCUCUGUUCGAGGAGUGUGGAUCAUGACUGUGCUGGGUGGCCUGUCUCGCCCGGAGCACGCGAAUCCCUGACAGAGAGGGCAAGGGCUGGAAGGGUCAGGGGGCUCUGAACGCUGACCAUCUGGCCCUUGGGGGGCUGGUUUCCUCACUGGCCGCCUUUGUUCAAGGCAAACAAUUGGGACUUAAUCUGGGAGGAGAUAAGUAAGGCCCCCGUGACACCACUCCUGCGCUCAGACAGGUUUCCCCCUUUAGACUUGAAGGAGACAUCUCCUUUUCCUCAAGCUGGCAGAGGACAUCUUCUUUAUUAGAUCGUGGAAGGGUUGUCUCUUGCGCAUCAAAUCUGGAGUGAACCUCAAAUUAUGAUUUAUUGUGAUAUUAGAAAAGCUUGUCAGAUAUCAGAGAUGAGUAUUGAUCGCAUGAUGCUUCUUUGCAUUUGGGAGAUAGAAGCACAUUGUUAGAACAACAGCGACCUUCAUCCAACUAGAUUUUAACAAUAUGAUGAUGGCUUACGUUUUUUGUCUUGUCCAAAAAGACGCCUCCUUGUCUAUUGUGGGUCUCAUACAAGGAUAUGGUGUGUGAGUCCUGCAGUGAGAUUGAGAAGAUUUCCAAAAACAUGCAAGUUCUAACAUGAAAAGGCCCCACCAUGACUUAUAAAAGCUAUUUUCAUGCUGUAAAUAGACGACUGUUUUGCAUCAAUUUGUGCAUGAGGCGAUUGUCACCGGGGUAACAGAUUGAUUUAUUUCCCCCAUUAUUCCCUCACUAUCAUUUCGAGCACAUCAUGACUCUUCUUUUGCAUUUUUUCCAUUAUGAUCGGCUUUUAGUGUUUGUAUUUAUUUUCAGAGGGAACACAGAACAUGCAUUUCGAGGGUAUUUUUCAUCCACAUUUCCCUCCAUUUUUCUUCUCUGUUAUGACAACCCGGUGUGUGAUAGAUCCAGCAGCCCCGUAUUUGGUGUCAUAACAACAAAGCAUAAAUAACAAUUGAUUACCAAUGCAGUUAGCAACAAAAAGGUUUCAGUUUCUGCUUUGGCUACAUAUCAUUUUAAACACUGAUCAAUGAGGCAAAAACCUUUCACUCUAAACACCCUCACAUUUUCCCGAUACAAACUCAGAUACAAGAACACUCUGGGAAUAGUCAGCAGUGCAGGCAGAUGCUUCUCUUGAUCCUUUCAGAGGUUCAUCCAAGUGAUUGUGGGGCUCUGUGAUCCUAAGUACAGAUGGUAUGAAGGGACCAAAUCCCAUCUUCAUCUUAAGACAUCAGAGCUUUUGUUUUGCACUUUUUGAGAGCCUUAUGUGAGUGGAUCCAGGAAAACAGGUGGCUCUCAAACAGCUGUCAGCCAUCAAACUGUGGAGGCAAAUUCAGGGCCAUUUUCAAAGUUUUGUUUUGCAGCCUGUUUAUGUUGACAGGAAUUGAGGCACUGAAACAACAUGGUGUAUUCAUCAAACACUAGUGUUAGAAGAAUUUGGCUCUUUAAAAAGUAAUAUUAUGAUAGUGAAAAAUACUCCUACCAAUCAAACCAACAAACAGCAGAAACUGUCAAAGUGUUUUAUUAGACUAAGAAUGGACUCUCUCAGGAUUAAAGUUUCUGUAAGGAACUUUCUGUUUGUGUCAAUUGUUGCAGCCCUUGUGUACAAAUACUACCUCAAGCCUUGUUUAUCCCGUCCUGUACAACAUCUCAUCGUGCAAUCUUUGAAAGCUCAAAUGCAACACUCAUUUUGAAAAUUUGCUGUGGACAAAAAGUAAAAACUGAGGUUUACUUCACUGUUCUGCACAACACCUCAACGCCUUUGCCAAUGGCUUAGUUUUCUCUCAGAGGUCGCGUUAAUUACAGGAUAAAAGUAAACAUUGCACUGGAUACAAUCACAUAGAUGCAAAAAAAAAAAGCACUUCGACUUUGCAUGUUUUUUAAAGUGCCUUGCAAGAUAAAUUAUGAUCAGUUGCAAGAAAAGUUUAUUGCUUUGGCAGUAACAGUCUGGGAUAUAAAUCAGACUCAAUCUGGUCACAAUCUGGAGCAGAAUUUUCAGAAUGAGGUGUUUGUCACAGCGAGUUGAGUGUGAUGUGAAACACAGCUAAUUACUCAUGUGAAUUGAAAGAACAUCCCCGUGCCAAACCACAGAUAGGUGUGUUCUGCCUGGCUGCUUGUAACCUUUUACCCUGUCCUUUUUAUUGAGGGUCAGGAACACUGUGCUCACUGAUAGCGUCUGGAUCUACAUAAAAGACAGAAAUAAAUAGUCACACUCUGUAACAGGCCUGUGAAGGUUGUGUGCUUUUCUGUGUGUAGUUUGUAAUCACAUCCUCCUGAGGUUAAGUUAGUACAAAAUGGUACAGAGGAAGUCAUUUGAAUCAAGAACCUAUCAUUCAUCCAGAUUAGAUGUAUAAUAUCACUCAGCCUUUGUUGCUUUUUUCAUUAUUGCUAUGAAGAGGAAAAAGCAUUGGGGUAAUAUUUCCUUCCUUAUUUUUUAAAGCAACUAAAUUCCUCCUUAGUGAUGCAGUGUGAGACAGGAGGGAGGAAAGGAGAGCAUAGAUAAGGUCUGCAGAGGAGCAAGGGAGGAUAACAAGAGAAGGAGAUGGGAAGGAAGGUUAAAACAGAUGUAGGAGUGAUGAGGAGCGAAACAAGGCAGCUGGAUGCAGACAGCAAGGAAGAUACAGGACACUUUGAACGUCACAGUGGUGACUGGACGGUAUAGAGGGAGAGGAAAUACAGCACAGUAAUGUGGAGAGGAGGGGAGUGUGCACAGCACAGCAGAAUGUGUAACAAAGUGUGUGUACUGUAUGAAGGUGCAUGACACAGUCGACAAUUGGAUCAUUAAAGCCAAUCUCUCAAAGGCCCGUGCCCCUCCCCCGGCUGAAAGGAGAUGUCAAAGGUCUGUGACCUCUUCCAUUUAUGUGCAUUGAUCCCUCUGGUGGGGGUGGGGCUUCCUCCUCAAAGCCCACCACCACCAUCAGCUGUUAUAUCUUAGUUUCACCUGCAGGAAGCGGAACAAUCAUUUGACUUCAGUCUGUUCCUCGAUUUUUUUCCCCUGUAAAUUUGUAUGUGAUGUAUUCUAGCUCUAAAGCAGUUUGACUAUGAGGGAAAAUAAAAAUCUGUAAUUUUGUGUAAGUGAUCUAAAAUUAAGUCAUUUACCCAGCAGAGAUAGCCCAAAAACAUUCAGUCCCAUCCUCUCAAAUGUGCAUCCCUGCUGAAAUUUUUAAGCUAAGUUUUAAAACAAGGUUAAUAUUAUUUAAAAUAUGAGACAUGAAUGGAAUCAGUCAACUUUGGUAUCAGACAACUUGGUUAUUUUUAGAAUGAACUCGCAAUUAUUGUUGAAGCAACCCAUAAUCUAGGGCACAAAAGAUAAAGCAGCUACUCAUUUAUGAAAAGAAAAAAAACUAACAGAAUUAUAGACUUAGAUGUAACAGAUGUGGGAGAUUUGGCAAUUAAGGGUGCAGUGCAUCAGAGCAGUGCAGCUGUACUGUAUCCUAAAAUGAAGAAAUAGCUUUAUGACAAACUUUUACAAAAUGAGAUUUAACUUAAAACCCAAAAUCUAAAUCGUUUUUGUCACAUUUUCUCAGGUGUUUCAUAUAUUCAACCCUUCCACUCUUGCAAACCUUGAGGGCUUCUCUCUGCAGCAAACUUCUCAUUGCUUAGAGUCUGACCAUGAAUUUGUGCGGUUGUGUGUCAGUCUCCUUUACGCCUCAGUGUUUAUGGCUUUCUCAGGGGGGGAAGGAGAAAGGGAAAGGUUAGAAGGAUGAAGUUUCUCAAAGCUGAAGAAAGCUUUUCUUUCUUAGUUGAGAAUGAAGCCUUUUGUGACUGAAGGGAUAUACAGUCGGGAAGGUAGAGUCUGCAGUAUGUCAGAGCGCAGCCAACAAGACCAGCCUGAGCAUCCUGCAUGGGAGGCUUUAGGUGCAAAUUGUGUGUUUUUAUGUUUUUUGUGUGUACAUGGAACACAGCCCUUCAAAUUUUCACCACCAUUGCACUCUUUUCUUUCCUUCUUUCUCCCCCCUUUCAGAUCAAAGUUGAAAUAGCUCUCUGACAGAAAUGAAUGGAACUUAUCAGGAUGUGCCCUCAAGUCGUUCGUCAGGAAGCGUGUCCAGAGCAAAGUCAAAGGGUCACCAGUAGUGUUGUGGAUUUGGGGGAGUGUUGGCAUGUCAAGGUUGAGAAAAGGGGGGAUUUCAGUCUUUUGUUGCUUCAGCAGAACUGUUUUAUUUGUGGCUGUAGUAAAUAGAUGAGGUCAAAAACCUUUGCAUUGCAUCACAGCGGAAUCAUAGUUUAAAUUGCUCAUCCCACGACUCUGGUGUUCCUCCUUUUUUAGCUCAACCUCUUGUGUUCUUGUGAGCUCCAUUACACAAACGUGAGUUCAUAGAGAGCAAAGUGUGUGUGCGGCCCCGCAAAGAGCACUUAGUGAUGAUAUAUCCUCAUUCAGCCAUUGAAACCUGGAGAGCAUCCAGCUGAGAAUCCUGUCUCACACAGUCCUGUGGUGGAACAGUGUGUUCUCACAGGCUGUACUUCUGUAACCUCCUCCCUCCCUCACUCCAGUACACAGAUUCCAAACCCCAGUGAAGUGAUACAGUACCUGCAGCCAGAAAUGACUGCUUGCAGGGUACGUGUUGUUUUUAAAGAGUACAGUGUGUGCUGUGCCACAGGCUGCCGCUGGAUCAUGGUUCAGUAGUCUGGAGGAGAGUUAAUGUGUUUUGGGUUGAAUUUUAUUGUUUUAGCAUCCACUUUGAGUCCAAUUUUUUCUCAAAGGUAAACAUGAUUUGGCUGAUCCAUCACAGUACAGGGGUCUGUUUAUGGAUUAACAUGCUGUUAGACACACAUGUCUCCCUUUUUAUUGCUUUUAAAAACUGAAUAAUCCCCCUUCAUGUGAUAUUAAACUCUGUCUUUGUCCACGGCAGUGUCAGGCAGGAAAGAAAAUGCCAAAGGGAUCAUAUAAGUCCGGUGCUGGUGGUCCAAUUUGCUUUUGAAAGCAUACUGAAGGCAUCAGUAUCACUUUGAUCCUGUUUCUCAACCAGGUUAGAAACUCCCCACAUGACUAAUUUAAUGGUGCAUUUAAACUGUCAUCCUGAACAGCAUCAAGAGUGCAUAUAAAGUACAAAUGAAAAAGCAUCUGUACCACUAAAACUCUAUCAGCAGCCUCUACUUCAGUCAUAUGAGUAACCUAGGAAAUGUUGCAGCGACCACCCAAAAGUAAAGGAGCUUGCAAAAUAUUCUUUAAUUCACUUUCAAGAUUCAGAUGUAGUCUUCUCCAGGCCAACGGUGACCUCUGUAAGCCUUGCUACACAUUGCCGAGCCGGCAUAAUCCUCAUAAGUAGCCUUACCAUAACUGCAGUCGUCUUUAGCUCCUCACUGAUGCCAGCAUCAACCCUGAUGUCUAGACAUCCAAUGUAAGCCCUGCUAGCAUGUUGAGUCCCACAGACCGGUGGAUUGACAGCUUGAAAAAGAAAAGAAAUGUGGUAAUUAAUGGUAGUUUUUCAGUUGUACAGGAGAGACUUGCUUUUCUUUACAAUAAAAAAGAGUGUGUAAAUAUAUCUGAAGGAAAUCAUGCAAUUGGGGCUGGGCGAUAAAACCAUAUAUCAAAAAUCAAUUUCCCUCAAUAUCAGUAUAAAACAUGGUCAGUAUGCUUUUCAGUAGUCGGCAUUCUGCUAUGUUUUGGUAGACUAUACAAAUAUUUGGGCUAGGACGAUAUGCUUUUCUUCCUAUUCGAUUCCUCUACGAUUUUUUGGAUGCCUAUUUGAUUUAAAUUGCGAUUCUACGAUAUUGUCGAUUUUCUAAUUUUUUGGCCUCAUUUUUACACCAGUGAAACAGUUGAAUGAUUAUGAUUGUCUACUGACUAUUCCAGGAACAUGUAAGUCAGCUUUUAAGAUUUAUACUUAAAUUUGAAAAAAAGGGAUUUUUGAACAUAAAAAUCUAUUCAAAAAUUGUAAAACUAAAAAUCAUGAUACUUAUGUGAAUCAAUUUUUUUCUCCCAUCCUCUUUUCAUUGGCGAGUCUCCAACGAAUAGCCAAUGAAAAGGGAAGUUUUUCCAGGUCCACUUCACACUGAACCAAUCAUGUGCUGAAUUAGCAUCAAGUAGCAAACAACUGCAUAGUAGCAGGCUGCAGCUACACACAGAUGCAGUAGCUUAUUGUAUUGCAAAAGACAUGCUACCAAUAAGCACUGCUAAAUUUCAUUUUUAUAUCGUGAUACAUAUCGAUAUCGACUGAUGUGAAAGAAAAAUAUAGUGAUAUAUCGCCCAGCCCUACAUGCAACAUGUCACUUUUUCAUGGCUAUAAUCAUGCUUAGAGCUAAUGGUUAUUAACUGAUUUGUGAUUCCAUUGUCUUUCCAGAAGUUACAAAGCUUAGAAACAUCCCACCAUGUUGUGUAUUAGUGACAGAUUGUGUGCCAAUAACAACUGGAAACACUCAGGCAGAUGUCCCACAUCCUCACCACAACAGCAUCACAGCCUUCGCUGAAUGUGCUGUCCUUCUUCAUGCCCACACACAAACACUCAAACACACAAACAACAUCCCAAAGAGAACAUUCAUCUUCUCACUCUCCCCCCUCUCUCUUUCUUGUCGUAUUAAACACAAGGUCAGUGAGUGUGUGUUGAUGCUGCCAGGCAUUGCGGGGGAGAGAGCUGUCAGUAGCAGUAGGCUCUUUUUUUUUCCCAUAUAGGCUGUCACAGAUUGUCCAAGGCUACGGUCACCAAGACCUCGUCCUGUGUGUGCUGCGAGGACUCGACGUUCCUCUGUGGCAGCGGAGGUCAUUCUCUCCCCCACUCUCUGUCCUUUUCUCUAUGUUCACAUUUGCAGCUCAGGCAGCACAAAAAAGUCAGCAACACAGGCAUAUGACUGCAAAAUCUGAAUAAGUAAAUGAAGUAAGAAAAACAUGGCAAAUGUAGAUUUUAUACAGGUAAUAAAAGGUAAAUGAUUCAUAAACAUAAAAAAAACUAUGAUUCAUUUCCUGUCUCUUGAAAUCUCAUCAUCUAAACCUUGAUAUGUGACUCAGCAAGGAGGAUACCAGAAAAGAGAGUGAGUUUGAAAGAGUGCUUUUCAUUCUUUAGCAGAUUUCCCAAAAUGUAUUAGAUGCUGGUCAAGGAGUUACAGCUGGUCUCUGUGUGCAAGUUAGAAGUUCUUGCAUCACACUCGACUUUGGUGAUUCAUUUGGCAUGUGUUCAAGCUGACCCUGCCUGGAUAGUGUAACAAUCAUUUCAAAUCAAUCAAACGAAAGUGUCAGUAUUGAAGUUUGAAAGUUUAUUCAUUCAUUUAUCCAUUACUUUUUAGCUAACUACCUAUUACAAUUAUUCAUCAAACACUUUCAUGCAUUUAAUUCAACAAAUUAUUCAUUACUUUUAUGCAUAACUUUGAUUUUGAAAGAUUCCGGUUCCAAUUCCUCGUUUCCGAUUCUGGUUCCCAACGAUUCUCUGCAUUUUAUUUCUGAAAAUAUCAUCGAAAAUCGGCAAGUUUUGGUCUAUUAAUGAUUAGUCUCAAACGGGCUAAAAUUGGCCGAUUUAUGUGCCCUACUAACUUUCGUUGGAUAUUUAAGUUGACCCACCGAGACAGAAGUAAUUUAUUGCUUCACUUAUCUGAUUCUGGCUGGUUAGCGGAAGACCGGCAAAGUGUGUCAAAGACGGGCGCUCGGGUAUUUCUUCUCUAUGAAUCUUUAGGUGUUUAAUCAUGUUGGUCGUUGACCCUCCUUUGCAUGAUAUAACUGUGUUGCUAAUGUUGCACUGAGAUAAGAGUUCAUUCUUCCUGCUAAAGUUAGCCAAACUUUUGACCGCAGCUGCUGUGGGUUGCAAUGCUCUCUCUCUCUCUCUCUUUGUCUCUCUUCUCUCUCUGUGUGGCUUCGUCUCAUACUCUUCGUCCUUAUUGGUGUUCAAUGGCUUCUUCGUCGUUGAUGUUUAACAGCGUCUUCCUCGUUGGUGUUCAGCGGCUAUUUCUGCAGGUCGGCGGAGUAAGGCAUUGAAACUUGGAAUCAAAAUUUUAAAAUUUGAACAGUUCAGAGAGAAUUGGAAUGUUAGUCCCGGUCCCCAUAGAUGCUCGAGACUCGAUGCCAAACCCUAUUUAUAACAGAUUAACCAUUUCAACUGUUUAUCUAACCAAUAGGGCUAUUUAUCAAAUAGUUUAAUCAGUUUCAUUAAACAUCACUGUUGGCUGGCUAUUACUUUGAACUAGCUAUUUAAACAAUUAAUACAGUAUCUUCUUAGCCAACCAUUUUGACCUGUCCUCCAUAGCUAAAGGUCAGCUAGCAAAAUGACUCUCCUACUAAGUUUUUUCAUUUGAUAAAGUAGCUUAUUUAGUCAACUCUUUCCACCAUUUGCUAACAUCUUAAGAUGAAGUACCAAAAUAAUCCAUCUACUGCUGUGACUCAGUGUUUAUACCAUUGGACCUCAUCUAAGCUAACUAUAUCAACAGUUUUUCCGUUACUUUUAACUAUACUGUUUAUACUCUCAAGUUGUAUGGGAAACACCUGGUCAGUCGCUCUAUGUGAGUAAGUGUUUAUUGCAAAAGUGAUUUUGUUACAAACUCAUACCCAGGUCUUUUGUAGUCGUAUUUACAGUGUUUAUGCAAAAAUCCUCCGUAUAUAAGGGAGACUGAUUUAGAGGGGAUAACACAGUUUUUUCCACGAGUUAGUUUUGAAGAUACUAGGGAUGAUGUAUCCAUGCAGCAACAACUGAAAGAUGAAAAGAUAUCAACAUUUUUUUUAAAGUUUAAUCAAAGUUUAUACCACUGGGUGUCUUCCUGUCAGUCAGUCCUGCCUGCUCCAACACAUUGUUUGAUAUCUUUGUCUUUCGUGUCACAUCUGCCAGUCGGUAAAGUAUCUCAUCUCUCAGACAGAUCAGUGCGGGAUGAUGUGUAGCAAGCUUGAAUAGGUUUACUGUCACUUUUUCUCAUCAGCAAGGUUUGCAUGUGGGGUCAAACCCUCAACAAAGGGUGGCUGUGCCUCCAUUGUCCCAUUAAGACAAAAAGAGUCCUGCUGAUGCCGUGGCUCUUGCCGCAGUAAGAAGGACUGAUGGGAUUUAAGUGUGGGUCCUGUCACCGACGGCAACCUGGUGCUUAUUAAUCGAGAGGGUGGGGGUUUAAUGGAGGGGAUGUUGCAGGAGUGUGAGGGGGUGACGGGGGUUGGGUGCUGCUGAUGCAGCAGUGCCGCCUGGGGUCAGGAAGAGGGGCAUGAUGGAUACAGCUGAUCGCCCAGCAAGGAAGUUUCGAGGGAAAAGGGAGGAGGGUCCUUCGUCAGGACAUUAAGAAGCCCCUUUGUCACGCUGUCACUCAAAUGGAUUCAAGUUGGCCGGGACUUUUUUUCAGGAGGAAAAGAAAGGAGAGGUCCUAUUGUAAAAAGUUGGUCUCUUUCUGGAUGCCUGAUAAACACAACAGGACUCUUUCUUGUGUCCUCUCCGUGAGUGCUCAGCUCUCCUGCGUGGUUAAAUUAAGUUAGUGAGAUGAUUGUGUGAAUAUUUGAAAUGACACUUUGGCCUUUCUUUGAGUGUCCGUGGACUUCUUUUAACAGUUUCCUCAACAUUUCUAUUGAAAAGAGAGGGUGAAACUGGUGACUGUUUUCAUCUGGUUGGCUUAUACGCUAAAAUAUUUACUCAAUUGAUAAUAGAUGAAACAUUUUGGGUGAGCCUUUUUGAUGGUGAAUGGGGGUUUCUUAACCCCAAAGGAUUCAAAGUUGUUUGAAACCGCCAAAUAUGUAGUUCAGACAUAAAUUUCAAAAUCCUUUAUUCUCCUUAUAUGAGUUAAAUAGUCAAAGUUCUAGAGAGAGCACAGUUCGUUUUGAGUACGAGUUAAAGUACAAUGCAAAAUGUUUAGACUAAUGGGCUGAUGAAGAUCUUCAAAUGUGAUUUAAAGCUCAGAAAAAUCCUCGUCUGAUGUGCCUGAAAGGUAUAAACCCCUCUUUAGUAUCACAUUAUCAUCCUCCCGUUUUAAGAGACAUUUGCUGUGGAGGCAGGGUGAAGUGCAGCUCAAGUCAGCUCCUGGAAACAGAACCUGACCCCCUUUGCUCUCUCUGUCAUCUGAUAAGAGCCACUGUUUUGAUAUGUUGGCCCUCUCAACGUGAUCCAUGCCUCUCCUUUUACACCCCAUAACAAAUAGGGCUGUCUAAACAACAGUUUACGGCCAGGACAAGGCCUGGUCAACUAGCAUCAAAGAUCCACUCUGGGAUAAGCCAUUAGGAGUGGACCAGAUGUUAAAUGAAGCUGUAGUGAUUGUGAAUGAUCAAUCUGUGAAAAACAGGCCAGGAAUAAAUCAAUUUGUGAUAAGCGGUUCAAGUGAAAGGAUCUGAAUUCUUAUCUUUUUAAAACAAAACUCAGGAUAUAUGUUAGGGAGGCUUAUGGGAAAUCUGUAUUUUUAUUUUUUUUUAACUGGUAAAAAAAAUAUAAAUCUUCAGAAAAUGCAUUUUCACCAUAUAAACUUGUUCUCAUGCCCUGAGUUCCCUCCUCUUGCCCUUUACCAUUGACCACAGUUUGACCACAGCGAGUGACAGCUUUACUGUAUGAAAUAGAACUCAUUGUUGUCUUAUUCAAUAUGGCGUCCCUGAAUAAGUCCAUAAAUGUAUUAGGGUCCUGUGUCUCUCCCUGUUGUUCAGUCUUGGGUGAACUGGCGUUCAACCCCACAGAGCUGUAAAAUGCAGAUUGGGUUCACUGACAGGCCUCCACUUUUAUUACACAGUCACGAACAGCAUUGUAAAUUGUCACUCGUCCUUCACUUUCAUUCUCUCAUUUCUAUCAGGAAUAAAAACGAUUAGAAAUGAUUCAUAUGCUUACUGCUAAUAUUAUCUAUAAUUUGGCUUUUUUAGUCCAUUUCAGUAACCUCAGUUUUGCUGGAGUCCAUCCCUCGCAAAACAUGAAACGUAGGUUUAAAUGAAGUCCAUUAGCUCAUAUUUGUUAUUUAGAAGUAAAUAAUAAAAGUAGGAGUCACUGAAAAUUACUCUGUAAACAUAUUGAACUGUAGGUAGUGUCUGCUUUGUCAAAGACUUUUGGAAGGGCCUUACUUUAAUUUCAGACAACAGCCACUUUAUUCUGCUUGUAAGUUUAAGACAUUUUAAAAAAAAUCUUCUCGAGCUGUGUAGAACUGCAAAGGAAAGUUUUCAGAAUAAUUAAAAUCAGGAAAUAAAUGAUAUUGACAUUUUAUUAAAGCAUCCCAAUGCUCUUUAUGUCAUGAAAACAAAAAUGGAUUACCCAGAGGUCAGUGUAAAGCUCCUGUGAGGAACUUUUGCUUGCAUUGACUUUCAUGCCUCCUGUGGACAGAAUAGCUCUCUUUUUAUGUGCUUAUUUUGCCCCAUCCAGAAGCAAAUACUGUAUUGUUUGUUUGGUUUUCUCUUCAUAAAAUCCUCUUUUUUUCUUUGGAAAGCAUUCGGAAAACAAGAAAAAAAAAUGUUUAGGCCAAAAAAAUUAUGAAGUAUCAUUUACUGUAAAAAUGGUCCAAGGUUUGAUGUUCCAUGUUUUGGCUUUCAUAGAGCUGUUCCUUAAAGUGAUUCUGGCCUUUAUUUGUGUCUCAGAUUUAGUUUAAGGUUAACCGCCUUGCCCUUAAACUCAUCCGCCAGGCCAGAGUGUGUGGCAAGGUCACCACUCCAAUCAACCUGGUGUUAACACAAAGCCUGCUUGUCCCCCUAAUGAAUUAGCGCUACAGUUCCUCAGGCCUUAGCAGGACUUUCCAGCCCUGCUGCCCUUUCACACGCACCCCCUCGCCCCUCAUUUUGAAAUGACUUUUAUAACUGGACAGUAAACUUCCAGUGGUUUAAUGAUGAUGACUUCUUCAUCUGCCCAAAUGCUCCUUUUGUCCACCCCUCCUCAGACCAGGGACCCUGCCCCCGAUCCCUCUGGUCACACCAGGCCUUAAACCCUGGUUCACCCCACUUUAUAGUUCCACAGAUAAUCCUACAGGGCACAUACACACACACACAAACACAUGCACACACAUACACACAGGGCUUCAGGCUAUUAUCUCCACUUAGCCCUGCCUGGUCUUCUUCUCCAUCUCUUUCUCCACGUUGCUGUCGACUUCAGCAAUGGCAUUCAGCUGGAAUGUUUGCCUUUGUUUUUGUGGCCCACUGGAAAGCCAUGAAUGACCUCAGCUCAUCUGCUAUCCUCACUAGCGCCGAUUUGCACUUCAGGGCCCAGCAGGUAGCCACCAGGAGCGGGGGAAGGUUUUAUCUUUUUUUUUUUACUUGGAGAAAGUUGUGGGGCUUUUUAUAAGGAAAUUAGAGCUGUGGAUUGCCAAACAGCAGCGCGAGUCUUCGCACCCUUGGCGUCAGGUAACUCACAUGACACGGAAAGAAAAGGGAAUCGUGUCACGGGAAUUUUCACAGGGAGGUGUGUUUGUUUUCUUGGUUUGUUUUUUGACAGUUGAGCUGCCAGAUUGUUUCUUAUUAUAAGAGUCAGACGUGACGUUUAGCACCUUUGGUCACUGUACUUCCUGCUCACCUGAUACUCAUCUCUCAUUUCUGAUUUGUUGUUUCAACCAUCUUGAAUUUCACAAUCUGUAAACUUUAUGCUGCAUUCUUUUAUUCACCAGUAGAUACAAUCGUACUAUAAAUGAUUUGUCAGGCGGGUUUCUCUAAACAUCCACCGAAUUCAGCAGCUUAAACAAAGCUUCAGCUCGAGCCAAGCUGUGUCGCUCCUCCGGGAAUCCAAAGAGAAGAAGAUCCCCUCUCCCCUACCCUCUUUACAUUUAAGAUCCCAAAGCUCAAGAUUUCCCAGAAGCCCCCCCACAGCUGGUCAUGUGGCUUGUCUUUCCUCAGGUGGCGGCGGCAGGGAUACUUCCCCUUUGUCAGGGACUUUAGCAGGAGCUCAAUGCAGCGGUGAAGGAUGGGCUUGGGGGGGCGGGCGAGUAUUCAAUCCACACUCUUUUGUUUUUCUGCACUGUGUCAUUUGAGGCUAAAGAAAAUGCAGGGUUUACUCAUUAUCUCCAUUUUAAAUGGCCUAUUUAAGGCAGGCCAUGUCAAAGUCAGGGGCUAAGAGAUAAAUCACUCUGACAGCUCUUUUCCCCCAGUUGAACUUGUAGCUAAAUGCAGAUGGAUCAUUAAAGAGGUUUCACUUUUGUUGCACCUGACUAAAGUUAAUUCAGUUCAUUCCUGUCAUUUAAAAUAUUAUCUUUCAUUUAAAGCACCAAGAUCACAAAUACAUCCCAGGUGUGGCCUAAAUCAGCGAUAGCCGGACACAUUUCACAGUCAAACUCAAGCCCAAUGUUUGAACAAAUGUGGCUGAUGGAGAGAAAUGAGUGCAUGAGAGCGCCGUAAGGACUAAUGGAGGCCCUGAUUGGCUGUCAUGGUGGUUUACAGCAGCGUUCACACCUACAUUACCCUAAUAUAACCAUUGGAGAGGAGGUGAGAAGAGCUGCACAUGACUUGAUUAAAACAACUGUUGACUGUGUCUGUGGUAAUGAACUGGAACAUCAGUCACACAGCUCAGUGAAGCCGGAAAAUCAGUGCAAGAGAAUAUCUAGUAUCAGAGAGUUUAUUAAAAACAUUGAUAUCUAUCUAUAUAUCUAUUAUCUGCUCACCUCUUUAAUUUAUUACAAGUUUGUUUGGGUUUUUUCCAAGAGUAUUAAGGAGGGAGCUCAAAAACUCCACUAUGGUAAAUGCUGAGUGAGUUUUCCCUUACUGUCAAGUAGAUGUGAGUUUACCAAGACCUUUCAUUUGCCUGAGAAAUUCUUGCUGACUUGACUUGACAUCAAUUAGUGGGGCAGGAAAACAAAAGUAGAAGCCUUCAGAGGUCAUCCGGUUUAUUAUUUAAAGUCACACGGUGUAAGGACACAGUGAAUUAUUGAUUAACUGAAUGGAAUUAGUGUCAGAUACAUAGUGUCCAAACGGCGUCCUGACUUUACAGUUAGACUUGGCAGUAUACAACAGCUGGUUGUGUUUACUUUACAAAGUCAGGAGAUGGCUCACUAAGUAUCUCAAAACCUUGACUAUCCCGCGAGGAGAUUUAGACGUCAUUCUUUUAGUGUUAAAUCUUUCAUGAAGUCGCAGGUAAAUUUAGACACGUGCUUGUCCUAUCAGUGAUGUAACUCCAGGAUUGUCUUUAUCAACACCGUGUAAAUGAUUACUCUGUGUUUUUAGUAGUACAUGAUAUGUGGCGAUAAAUGAUAAGGUGCUGGCUUUGAUCACCGAUGACAUAUAGUCCCUAACAUCUGCCCACGUCUGUUGAUUUGUGGUGCAUUUCUGUUUAUUUAUUUUGGCCAGAUGAGCCCCUGGUAUUUACAGCCGGAGUAAAAGCCCAGUGUGGUGGGGUCAAUCCCGGGCAAGGCUACUGAGACAAAGUGCUCAAGCUGACCUGACAUUCUUCUCCCCGGUUUUAGCUGAACUGGGAUUCUCCUGUUCCCCCCCGAUAGAAAUCUGAGUCCAAAACUCUGAUUCAAAGAUCCCCGGGUGCACCUUUCCUUGUAAAAACUUCCACCUGACUUUGUGCCCGCGGCGGACGCCUUGGCGUGCUGGGGGUCACGCGUGGCAGGGCGCCGGGGCUCGCGAGGCAUUGGGGUAAUGCAAAGGGGGGAUUCUUCUUUGUGUCUCCCCCCCCCAUCCGCUCUGCAGGCUUCCAAGAGCAUCUGUCACCGCAGGGGGUCAGCAGGGCCAAGAUGAAUGAGCCCCCGGUGGAUUCCCUCCCUCCUUGGCAAAUGGCACAGGACAGAGGAGGGCACUAGGUCUAGGGGGAGGGGUCAGUGUGUGUGUUUGUUUGCAUGCGAGUGAGAGAGAGGGCGAGCGAGAGAGAGAGAGAGAGAGAGAGAAGGAGGGUUUGUGCUGUACUGAGGGGGAGAGUGGGAUUCCCAUUUCAUUCUAUCAUGACAAAGGUGACCUGAGACAUACCAGAGAAGAGUGAAACUCCAUAUGCUGCCUGGAUAUUCUGUCCUCGAGGAUUUACUUUCUAACAUGGACUGUAUUUGAGGGAAGGCUGCCUUCAUCUUUUGGGAUUUACUGCACUUCAUUUGGAUUUUAAGGCUUCAUGCAGCAACUGAGCAGCCAUGGAAGGUACAGGAGAAGCUUUUUCCUAGCUGUGAGUGUCACAUGUGGCCCUGAUGUAGCAUUAAUGAGAUGGGCUCUUAGCACCUAAUUUAGAAAACAUGGAGAGAUGUUUGUCUUUUUUUUUCCCCUCUAUCCCAUUUCUGACCCCAUCCCCCUUUUUCUCUCAUGUGUCUUUUCACUUCAGCUUUUCUAAUGUUAAGAGUGUGCUGAGGCUCAUUCCCGCAUUUUAACUACUGGCGUGGACCUUAAAUGUCUAAGCAUAACAAUGAGGUGAAAAGGACUAAGAUAUUUAUCAAAUUUUCAUUAACAUUUGAUCUGCACUGAUUUCCAUGGCUUAUUUAAAAACAAUUACACCUUGAUAAGCUCGUAGGUGGGUUUACUUUUUAAGCAAAAUUCUGAUUUAGUCAAAGAUUUACAGUUUUUAGAUAUUUGUUCAGAUGUAAAAGAAAAGUAGAGAGAUUUUAUCACGUGUAUGUGUAAAAGAAACUGCUGACUCAGAGGAGAUCAAACUGGGUGAAGUAAGUUUAACCCUAACCUUCUCUCUCUAUUGUAAACACUGUAAUGUAAUUAUACAGUAGAGUAAACAAAAGGCAGACUGGAAAGAAAAAAAACUGUUUUGUUUAAAGUAAAACCAGAACAUUUGGAUGUAGGAAAAUAUCUUAAAUGUGUUGGGAAUAAUAUUUAUCUGUUGCUCUAACACAUAAAAUGUUCUGAAUUUAUUUUGCAGUUACUAAAAAAAAAAAUUUUUGACCUAAAUAUUUAAACUGUCAUGUCAUGGGAAUUUCAGAACUAUUUUCUCCUUUAUUACCCGUUUAUAUAUCUUUAUAUCCAUUGGGCGUGUGUGCAUGCACAUGCAGUUGCACUUGCAUCACAAAAAGCAUGCCAGAAAUGUGUGUGCCUUUUAACUAUCGCCCUGAAUCCAGUGUGGCUCCGGCAUGUCAGCCCAGAGCUUCCUCUAAACGUCAUUACGGGAAAAACAGGACCGUAUUAAGCACCUAAGGGCACGCUCGUGUUGGUGUCUAGAUUUACGGCUCCUCCAUCUUCAUCUCAGCAGCCAUCUGCGUCUUCUUCUGUGUCGUCUGUCCUUCACAAGUAGAUAGGCAUCAAAAUAUUCCAAGACUCCACUCUCGAGGUAAUUAGCAGAGUGUGAAAGCUGUGGUUUAGAUCUAUACUAUUGUAGGGUGGAGGGAGAAGAAUGAACUUGUGGUAUGCAGCUGUAGCCAGAUUUUUUCAUCUUAUGCCACCCUAAAUUUUCUUAAACCCUUCUUUUAAAUCUUUGUCCACCCAAAGGGUAAAGUAGCGUGUGUUUCUGUUUGACAUAUUGACAUUUCUAACCCUUCACUUUGAUGAACUGGCUAAUCAUUCACAAAAUAAGCUCCACAGUAGUCAGUAAAUGCAAGUUGAACCAGCUUGUGUACACUUGCUUUUUGAAGGACUUGGACCCCAGAGAGGCCUCCCCCUUUUAACAGAGCAGCGCCACACACUCAGUGGAGAUUGUGCUUGUGUUGUAUCUGGGCCUGAGUGGCUAAACAAUUCCCAGUCAAAGGGUCAAAGUAACGGGCAGAUCCAUUCAGAGAGGAGUGACUGUGUGUCCUGAGUGCAGCUCCAAACUAAAACACCCAAUUGUGUUCUAUGAAAAUAGCCCCAGGCCUGCGGUGUCACAUAUCGCCUUUUAAGGCCUCAUAGUAGCCGGUACAUAUGUCAUGUUUGUGGCACUCUUAAUGUUUGAGUGGCCUUAAAAGGAGCCGCUUAUUCUGAUGAAUGGGUAUGUUUUUUUGUAGAGCUGUGACCUGGGGUUACACACUUUACAUUGCUGUCAUGUUUAGCUACAGAAUCAAUCUUAAAUGUUAUUUUUUAUUCUAUAAAAACUACCAUAAACAUUAUCCAACACUGCAAUAUCUUGAUUUAAGUGAACAAUGCAACUUUUAAUUAAAGCUCUCUAAAUUAAAAUAACUCCUGAAACUAAAAAAAAACUUGUUAAGGUUCUGCCGCUGACUCUCUGUCUGCUGAUUUUAACUUUUAAACAGAAAUUUUUGGAUCCUUCUUGAUCUUUACUGGAGAAAAUGUAAAAAACGGUUCAUUUAAACCGACACUUACUCCCAGCAGCAGUCUCACACAUUGUAAAUACCAAUAUAAAAAUGACCAAUUUGGAGUAUUUGGGCUUGUUUGCUCUUUUAAGUUAAGUAAAAGCAUCAGGAUCCAAAUUAUUUUGUUUUAUGACCAGCUGAAAAUCCUUACUGGAGCUUUAAAGUGGUUUGUUUUGUGAUUUCAAAUCCUGAAUUUUCCCCCUUAAAAUUGUGCUUUAAAUGAUAGUUUUUAAAGGUUUAGGACUAACAUCGCUGACAAGAACAUAUAAGUCCGGUUACGUUCAACCCCAGUAUGCUCAAAAGACAAACUUUAACGAAUGAUUGAAAUGUUUAAUUUGACAUUUACUGCAUCUUUGACUUAAUCACUAAUGAGAGGUCUCUCUGUUUCCCCUCAGGUCUGGGAGCACCGAGGGAAAUGUCUGCUGAAAGUUUCUGCUGAGCAGUAGAGAUCCAGCAUGUAGCAGAGGUGAACAAGUCCCUUCACGCCUGGGAACGAUCCAACAAUGCAAGUGCCUAAUUUUCUUCAAUCCAUUAGAACUUCAGCUCUUGUUUCGGACCACAUGUGUAUCAUAUUUUGUCUGCUUUGGAGUGGAGAUGAGACUCGCUUAUCGUGACCUCAGGGUCACAUUCAUGCAAUCUGUUGAUGCCACCCAGGAGGAGUGGCCUUGACUGACCAUCUGAGCCGUUGAGAGUCUGAUUUUAAGUCCCCACUCAGCCACAUGAACUCCCCUUUAAAGCCAUUAGUCUUUGAACAUUAAACCGCCUCUCCUCUGCUCAUUAUGUUUGACCAUCCAUCAAGCAGCCACAGCCGCUGACUCACCUGAAACACCCCCCUCCUCCUCUCACCACUGCAUCUGACCUUAGCAACCACCUAAGUCACACCCCAGAACCACCAUUUAGGUGACCCCUUCCCCUGCUACGCUUUGUUUUAAGUCGUGCAGGUGAUAAAAGGUCAUUCUCUGUGUUCACCUCCGGCCUGCGUGAGGUUAAUGACAAAUCUGUCCGUUGAGGCUUCAGGGUCAGCCAGUCAAAGAAGCCUCCGGAGCCUCCUUUGACUUCACAAUCGAACAGGCAGCGGCUACUUAAAAUCACCCCCAGGCACUCAUUUCUUCUCCCUCUUUUUUUUCCUCCUCUGUCUUCCUUUGUCUCUCCUCUUCCAUCAGUUUAGCAAGAAAUACUGUAGCUUCAUUCUGUUAAGCUUCUUAUCUCUCUGGCAGCACAGUCAGGCUCUGUUAAUCUUGUCUUUUGUCUCGGCUGGUCAGAUUCCUCCUCAGGAAGGUUGUUAGGUAAACAUGGAGUCUGUCCAGGCGUGGGCAAAAUGAGACCUGCAGACCCAACUUGAUUUCCAACUGGCUCAUUAUUGACAAAAUAAAGGUUCAGGGUGUCUUUGUAACCGAGAGACACAGUAUAUCUGGUGAACAUUGAUCCAGCGUCUGACACAUUCAGUGUUUGCUUCAGAACGAACAAUAUGACCAACGUGGAGAUUAUUGAUUUCAUCUUUGUCACAUAUGUUCUUUUACUGUUAUCUUGGACUGAAGCAUCUCCUGUUACCUAUUAAAUACAAUGAAUGUCUUCAGAUAUGGUUUCUAUCACUGUCACAGUUGUUAUGGAUAUCGACUGUACUCAAUUCCAUGAAUUUGAUGGUGACAUAAUCAUCCAUUAUUCAAUCAAAGCAAGAGUUUGGUACUUGUGAUAAGCAGAAAACUGAUAGUUUUUACUCCCUGGCUUUGCAGUUUUGUCUUUAAGUGGACUAUCUUUGGACUGGGUUGUUGAAAUGCAUUCCCUCUGGGGAAUUUGAAUAGUCAUUGUUCACCUCAUGUGCUGAAUUUGCAUAGAAAAUGGCAAAUCAAUGAAAGGAGGAAAAUAUCUGCAGAGUCGUCAAUGAUGGAAAUUAGCUUCUUAAAUGAAAAUUAAAAUAUUAAAUGAUUGACACAUAAUAGAUUAUUUCAUUCAAUAAGAAAUCAUGGUAUUUAGAAACCUAGAUAACGUAGAGAAGCUUUAAUAGUUUGAAUUGUGUUUUGUCGGUUUUAUUUCAGUCGUGUCUCUAAUCAAACGUUGUUCUCAUCUCUUCAUGUUUUGGGGUCAUUGCAUAAGUACAAAAGUGAACUCAGUCAAAAAAUGACAACAGCAUUCGUCCUGCAAAAACACUCCCAAGACACACUGCAGUAUUGGUGCGGAAUGAAAAUGCCUCUUUUGUGCUUUUAUUUAAUUUUACUCUAAUUUGAGUUUUUUUGAGGGACAGUUGCAGUUUUCAUCUUAAGCUGUGUUUACUUUGUUACUGUCACAAUCACCCUGUCACAUGACUCAUGUAGCACAUUAAUCUUGAAACACCCAAAGCGCACCUGUAUGUUAUUGAUACAGAGACCCAGCUGUGCUUCAACAUUGAUUACCUUUGCGUUUUAAAGAUUGAAUUACGAUUGAGUUGGAAAAGCUGCCUCUAACGCUGAAAGGGAGAACUGAUUUGCACACACGUGCGCUUCUCUAACUCGCUCAGAGACUGUAAGCUCAAGUUUAGGUCAGUUACUCUGUUGUCACAGCUGGUGAUGAAACACAUAACCUUGUCAUGUAUGAGCCUGAGCAGCUGUGCAGGAUCAUUGUCAGACUUGACUGAGGAGUUUGAGCUCUUCCCAAACAGCUGAAGGCUUCAGUCAGGGCCUCCAGUGCAAAUGACGCACAUUGAUUUUCUGCUCCAGUCCAAUGUAGUCCAAGGACAAACAUGGAAGCCUUUCAGGCCAAACUCAUGUUUCAGGAGAGCAGCCAAAGCUCCCUUUAUUUUCUUUUUCAGCAGUUUAAGCAGUUUGGUAUGAAAAACAGUGAAGUGUUAUGACAAACUGAAAGCUGGGAGUUUGUGUGUAACGAGUUGACACCAUGAUGGACUCAGCUGUUGCUUUUCACCACACUUGGAUCUUUUUCUCUUCCUUCUUUUCGCUCCUUCUGUUCUUUUCUGCCUCUUUUUGUUUCUUUAUUUCUUCCCCUGUCUCUCCUUUGAGCAGAGAAGCUAAGCCCUCUGUCCAGCUGCCACCUGCCACCAGAGAGCUGGCCGGCGAACCUUAGGCCCACACAGCCGACCUCAGCAGAUGUCCCUGAGUGGACACUGGGGUGGAGGGGGCGGCAAGGGGCAGAGCAGGCAGAGUGACACAACAGACUGAAGGAGAAAGAGGCAAAAAAAGAUGAGCAAGAGCCAUUAGCUUUGGUCAUUGUGUUUAGGCUGACACAAGGAAAAGGCAUGUGUGUGUGUUUGUGACUGUUGCAUAAGCAUACAUAUUUUUCAGACAAGCAUAAGCACUGGUCAUAACCGCAGCUAAAAUGAAAAUUAGAAAAUUAAAAAAUUAAAAAUUAAAAAGGCCAAUUUUGACAUCUUAGUGUGGCAUGCUUGAAUUUAACUCUUUCAGUGGUGUAGUCAAGCUUAAGUGAGCUCUCAGCUGGAAAAGAAAUGUUAUUUGAUUUUCUAUUAGAUUCAAGAUGGACAUGUGUCUAACUUUUCUAUGUUCUUUAAAACUCUCAUAAGCAACUUUUGGUUUGUGUUGAUUCUGGCGCCCCUUGUGGACAAAUUAGUAUGUCCCCUCUCUUUGCUGAUUUGUUCUGUCUGUGAAUAAAGAGUAUUUUGGGACAAAAAUACCUCAAAUUUUUCUUUUGAUCUUUAAAGAUAUCAGUCACUGUGAAAUGUAAAAAAAAAAAAGAAAAAGCUAUAAACAGUGUUGCCUGACACCAACCUCUCAACAGCUGUUUAGCUUCAUUAUGGAAAAGUCAACUGUAUCACAGCUGGUCUGGUUUGAUUUUGCAGGUUUUAUAAAGGCUGCAGUAUAUGUUUCAGUCUCCUCACAGGGGCUUUGAUGUUUUUUUUCUCCAUCUGUUGCUCUUUAAAGUGUUGUUGUGUUGGAUAAUGUAUAAGCUUAUUGCCUAUUUUUCUCAUCUUUUUGUGUUAAAUCUCAAAAUAAGCUAACCCCAAGUCCAUAAUCCAAAGACGUCCCAUUUACUCCAAUUCUCCUUGUGCUUCUAGUGCAUUUAAGUACAAACAAACAUUUUAUUAUGGUAAUAUUGCUCUGAUUUAGAAAGCUGUUACCAUUGUCAAACUUCUUAUCACUGAGAUUCCAGUUCUUGUUUACAAAAUCUAAAGCACAGGGGGUCAACAAUUUUAUACAUAUAGUUUACAUGUAAAUCAGAAGGACACUCAUUGAUAACUUCACAGUUUUCAUUCAGCACAUCCAUACACAGGCAUGGAAAACAUGACUGAGUUUGGGUUGAAACCUGUUGUUUUUUUAGAGCUGGCAUUUCUCAUGUGAAAAACUAAUAACUUGUCACCGACUUAAGAUAAAAAGCUUCAUGACCGAACUUCUUUACUUAUCCUCAUUCUCUUUUUGAUUUCUCAGAAAAUGGGGAAUUCAUACGCCGGGCAGCUGAAGUCUGCUCGAUUUGAAGAGGCUCUCCACAACUCCAUUGAGGCUUCGCUGCGCUCCAGCAGUGGAGACCCUCAGCCCAUCUUCACACAGCUCUACCUGGACCCUGAGCCGUAUCCUGGAAACAUGGAAGGUGGGCCUGCAGGAAACUUUAUCAACUUAGAGAAUAUACGACAGAUUUUAAAUAUUGAAAUGUAGAGUUUCCUGCUUUUUGAUGCUACUUUUAAAACAAUGAAACUAAAUUUUCUCAGAUGUUUCAUCUAAUAAAAGUGCUACAGUUGAGUCAGUGUUGGAAAUGUGCCUGUCUCAUAUGAUAACUAGAUUUUUUAAAAACGUGUCUUUCAAACAUUCUAUCAGUUGCAAUUUUCUACGUUAAAAAUUAAAAUGAAUUACAUAUCAAAUGACUCUGGCUCUUGUGAUAUUGAUAAGUUUCUCACAAGCGCUUAAAUGUAUGAUUAUAUUUCACAAAAGGUAUCAAAGACAAAGGUCCUGCAUAUGACAAAAUCUGUUUUACCAAAAUUCUGAUUAGUGACUGAGAAAAAUGUAUUUUUUAAUGUCCGUUAGAUGUGAAGCCAAAAGCCGACCUCCAAUGUGGAGAGCCACCAGGUCAUGAGCUCACAAAUGGCCACUCAUCCAAUAGCAUGGAGGAGUUGGAGGAUGAUGAUGACUCAGACAGCAGCAAUCCUCCUCUUCCCUACCUACAGACCCCUGCACCUGACGGCAGCUGCACACUGGACGGUAAGCCCCACUGCUUUACAAACAGGGGAAUAAAGCAAAAGCCAAACUUUUACUCAGAAUGAGUUGUAAGUACUUGGUACUCUGUUUGGAAUAAUAAAAUGAAAUGGAUGUGAUUAUGGUGUCUUUGAUUUCAUCACCUAUUUAAGGAAAUGUCAGCUGGAUCAACCUGAAUGUCAUCUUUAUCUCUUCAAAAAACCUGUUUUAUCCUCUGACUGAAAUAUCCUCUCUCCUCAGGGUUCUGUCAAGCCGGUAAGGACCUCCGCCUGGUCUCCAUAGCAACGGAGCCCAUCGACGUCCCUGCAGGCUUCGAGCUAGUUGGCGCCAAGUCCCCAGGCGUCCCAGAGCACAUCCUGGUGUGUGCCGUGGACCGCCGCUUUUUGCCUGACGAGAACGGGAAAAAUGCACUUUUAGGUCAGUGUGUUCCUGUAGUCUGAGGUUAGAGUGAACAGACAGAUGGAGUUAUUAUAUUUAGUCAGGCAAUAUCCUCCUCUAUCAUUUUCAGCUCCUGUAACAGUGAACACUCUCUGCUUGCUGACACUGGACCGUACAUGAUGUCUGUAAAGUCAGCGCAGUCAUGUCAUCUUUGUACAAUCAUUUACAGGUUUUUCAGGAAACUGCGUGGGCUGUGGGGAGAAGGGUUUUCGAUACUUUACCGAGUUUUCCAACCACAUCAACCUGAAGUUAUCCACGCAGCCCAAGAAGCAGAAGCACUUAAAAUACUACCUGGUGAAGAAUUCUCAAGGUGCUCUGUGCAAAGGACCCCUUAUCUGUUGGAAAGGUAGAAGAAAAUCUCUGCAUAAAUCUCGGUGUCAUUACAACACUGCAGGAGGUUAGUCUUAGAUUAACUGGAUUUAAUGUCUCUGUAUCUCCUCUCUGUUUUUUCCCAGACUGUAAAACCCGUCAGUUAUCCAGCAGCACGUCAACAUCCAAACCCAGCUCAUCCUCCUCCCUCAGUAGCAAAGAAAACGGAGGCACCAGUGGACACAGCUUAUCUCCCUUUUCCCUUUCAGGUGAGUCUGAACACACCAUGAAGACGAAGCUUUAGAUUUAGAUUAAUGUGGAUUAAUUUAAGAAGUUCAAAGUUCAAAGUCAGGUGGAACCCAUUCCCCUCUGUCUUUCUAACAUGACACCUGUCUGUACACACUUUACAUUUCACCAUUAUUGGGCAGGUUGUUAUACACUGGCAGGUUUAUGUUGUUGCCAUAGAGACAUGUGGUGGUGGCUAAGCCCUGAAAUGUAUUAGGUGAGCAUAGCCUGAUGCUUGAACUGCUAGACUGCGUUCAGCUGUUUAUUAGUCAGUGCACGACAAUGAGAAAGCUUUGUUAGUGUGAUGCAUGUGUGAUCAGGGACGAGUGUCAAAUUUAGGCCAAAGGUUGACUUGGUUAUCUAAGAAGCACACUUAUUACAAAGCAACACCUCAUACGAUUAAUGCCAUUUUUCAAAGACAGGUUCUCUUUAAGAGGAUUUAGUAAUAUGUGACCUCUUACACCAUCUGCACCUGUUUCCUCUCUGAUUGGAUAAAAAAAACUCCCAGGCUUAUUUUAUUGAUUUGUUCUGAGCCUGCUUAAGCUGAAAGGCUCAUUGUUGGCAUAAACAUUGCUCCGCAUCACCUGGCUGUGACCUUUUGGUACAUCCUGCUCCUGACAAAGUCGCUGACAUAUACUAAAAGUUUUAAUGUUUCACCAUCUCUGCUUCUGCUUUAUAUGACUUAACCCUGAAAUGAUGAGUGAAAAGAGGAGUCAUGUUUUUGUGUUUUUUUUUUGUUUUUUUCCCCUGCAGAUUCUCCACCCACCAGGGCGACACAGACAUCGUCGGCCAUUUUUGGGAGUCAGGACCCCAGCAGAGAGCUCAGUUUCCUCAAACCUCUGGCGUCCACACCUGGAAACAAGACUCUACCAAUAGGUUAGGCUCAUAUUUAAUGAUUUCUUGUAAUGUUUUGAGCUAAUUACCUCAUUACGUUACUGCUGCUUACUCCCACAUUCCUGGCUGCACUCAGGCUUUGACACUGACCCAAGGGUUGCUUAGCUACAGGUGGUUUUUAUUUUCUGUGGUUCACCAUUGGGUAGAUGGGUCUGCUGCUGACCGUGGAGCCUAGAUUAACGUUCACCACUGUCUGCUUACACAUGCACACACGAGCAAACACACAUGUGUUUGCACUUGCAUAUACACACACUAAUCAAUGCUGAAGGAAGGAAUGCUGUAAUGACUUUUUAAGGCCUUGCUAUCCAUUAGCCCCUUUACAAGGUUGUGAUAUUGACAGGCAAAGGCUGCACAUACCGAUCAAUGUUUUAGCGUAUUGCAAACACAGUGAAUAUGAGAUUGGAAAAUGACCAAUCCGGUCAUCGGCAAUAGCCAAUCAAGUAAAGGAAAUCAAUAUGCCGCUGUUAGAGCGGACUCAUUUUAAUGUAUCGGUCAGUUUGUGCAGAGAUUGAGAUAAUAUUUUUGUAUUUUCCUUAACAGUGUGAGAAUUGAUUGUCCUUAGAGGACGUGUUACCCUGAACAUGAAAACAUGAAUAAAGUGGUGUUUUGAUAUUUUCUCCCUCCUAUCAGGCUAAGAUAAGAUUGUUCCAAACCUUAAGUCCAUGUCCAAGAAGAACUCUCAGUUUUAACUCUUUAUUAGAGCAAAUGUGUUUGUGUGUCAUCAGUACCGACAGCUCUGAGGGUAAGCUUGCCAGCUAACGGCCUGGGUAGUGAUGGACGCCCUCCCUUACUGAGCCCCUCCCAGGUCCCCGUAGGGCCUCAGGGUCAGGGGUAUCGCACUGCUGAUCUAGGAGACAGACCCAGUAAGUGCAAGUCACUUAAGGGAACAUCAUAUAAUAUAUCCAUCAUUCUUUUGGCUAACCUGCAUUGACUUGAACUCUGUUCGGUUUUGAUCUUCAGUAUCUUCUGCCAGGAACUCUGCUCCUCCGAAAAAGCGCCACCGGAGCUGGCACCCCAGCUCGCAAGUACCUGUUCCACCCACAGUGGUCCCAGUGCCAGCCAUCCAGUCCAUAGUCUGCCCUCCAGGUCAGUUCCUGAGUUAUAAAAGACAGAUUUCUGAGCCUUAAUGUGUCCCAAUAUAUUAGUCAGCAUGAGAUAGGAGCUUUACUGCCUUCACUGUGUGUAAGUUUAUGCACAGAGAGCAUAGCCUGUUUUGUUUAUGUUUUAUGAACUCUUUCCUCUGGUUUUGGGAUGAGUGUGCUUCAUCACUGACGUCUGGUUGUCAGGGGUGAUUCACUUAGCAUCUCCAUGGAGAUAGAGCCGGAGAGUUUGUGGACAAAAUGAUUUUAAGGAAUCAUGUGAUUGAGGAAGAUUUCUGAGACAUCAUGUCAUGAUGAUUAAACAUAAAUACCAUCAUCAUUUCAAAUUGUCUGCCCUGCUUCUUUCAAAUAUGAGUAAUGUAAAACACCAUUGCUGUAUGUUUGAGAUUACAUCAGCCAUAGCGUCCUUAUUGUUGUACUAACUUGCCGUUUAUUUCCCUCCGGGCUCUGGGAAUAGGAGUGUCCUCUCCUCAGCCACCAGUAUCAGGAGUCAUUCAGCCUCAACCCAUCACAGAAACAGUCAUUGUCCCUGACAACCUGCUCAACUUUUCAGGAGUUCGCCCUGUCAUCCUUAUCGGUACAAGUUUGAUUUCUUUUUUAUUUAUUUUAUGCUAUUUUUAAAAAUCUAUACAUUAAAUGUUGCUCCCAUUCCAUUUUUUUUAAAUGCAUACCAAAAUUACAGCAAACAGCUUUUAAUUAUUUUUACAGAUGAGUAGUUUAUUUAUCAGAAGCAUGCCAAUUUACAAUCCUAUUUGUUGAUAAAUUGAAAUUAAAGUGUAUUAAAUACAAUUUAUAUUUACAAAGUGUGUAAAAGUAUCAGAUGCAAUGCAACUUAAAGUCACUAAAUACUUCAUUUUUUUAAUCAUGCUGAUGUUUCUUUCCAGGGCACGGCACUUUACCUUAUUUCUAUGGGAAUGUUGGGGAUAUAGUGGUGAGCCCCCUGCUGGUCAGCUGCUAUAAGAGCAGCCAGCUGCCAGAGAAAACCCUGGAGACGUUGGGCCUCAACAGCCGCCAGCUUCUCUGCGUGGAGACGAUGAUCCUGCUCACUUUGCAGUAUCUUGCACGUUUAGGUGAGCAUGAAAUACAAACCCACGCUGUCAAAGAGACCUCCUCUUUAAUGAUAUGUGUCCUUGUAUGGUGACGUCUCACGUUAAAGUAAAACAUACAUAAAAGCUUUUAUACUCAGUUGUAGGUUUUUAUAUUUAAUUUGUCUCAUUCAGGCUCGGAGCAGAUCCCUCUGCGGGAGGAACUGGAGCAGAUCGUUCUGAAGGCCAUGCUGUGUUGCCCCGGGGGUCCUGCCAUCUCCCCCUCCCAGCUGCCCUGGUUGGCCCGGCUCGAAGCCAGUGUCUCUGGUGGCAGCGUCCAAGUCGUGGUCACCCACAACUCUUUGGGAGAGGGCAUCUCUGAGUCACUCCACUCUCUUAUCGAGGGUCCUCACCACCAGCAGUGCCUGCCCACCUACGUCGUCAUCAUAUGUGCCUCCAAAGUCAGCGGCAACGAGUUCUGUGUGCUUGUUUUGGGUUAGUACAACUUGCUCAUAUCAAAAAAAUAAAUAAACUUGAGCAUGUUGUUUUCUUUUCUUAUCUGAAAUCGUUAUUGUUUUUGUGUUGGUAACAGGAAAGUACCAGGCACGGGCAUUAGCUGAGGGCAUGCUUACAACCAAUGAGUUUCUGAAAGAGAUCAGUUACGAACUCAUCACAGGGAAAGUCAGCGUCUUGGCCUCUCACUUCAAGACCACAUCACUAGGUGAGUGCUUCAUUCAUACAACAAGAGUUUUUUUGGCUUUCCUUUGUUUUUUUUAAGUAAUGUAAAAAAAAAAUUGCCUUCUUAUGAAAGAUUUAACACUUAUAGCUAUCGCCUAUUAAUGUAAUUGAUCUCAGGUCGAAUUGCUAGGUCAAUAUCUCAGUGAGUUGUGAUUUUCUUUAAACAUGUUUACGCAUUCAGCAUGGUAAGAUAGUUUAAAAGGAUGCUCAAUUGUUGGCAUAAAUGAGCUCUUGUUGCCAUGAUGUAAAAGACCAAUCACAUGUUGAUAUAUCAAAGAUGUGUAGUUUCAUACCCGAAUGAUGGGUUUGUGUUUUACACCCACUGUCCUCUGCACAGCUGUGUAGCAGCAGCUUGUUUGUCUGUGUGUGACGCUGGUGUCUGCUUGUUUUUCCAGGGGACAAUCUGGACAAGCAGCUGGUGCGAUACCAGCGCCGGCGGAAGGGACAGGUCAUCCAGCCCUUCCAGGGUGAUGUCACUGACUACAUCCACUCCCAGGAGGCUGCCAGCAUGUCACCCCCCUCAGGCAGAGGUUAGACUGCUCCCCAACGUGCUGACUGUCUAAUCUGACCUGCCAGGGCCACUUUUAUUUACCAGCCAAAACAAUCAAUAGAUCUUCUACGAAUACAGCAAGUCAAUAUGUAGCUGAGCCCUGUGGUGAUUUAUCUGCAGUCCAAAUGUUACUGUAACCCCAGUCACACGUGGGCUUUUAUUCUAGUUCACAGUCUCAGUCCUUUACACAUUUCACUUUUUGAUAAAUAUAUGUUGUAAGAAACUAUAAAUGAUAGUUUAUGUAGAAAAAGUUGAACUUGUUGCAUGAGUCUCCACAUUUCAAAAGUGUGACUGACCCUUUUAUGGUUGCAUUUUAGUUGACAGUUUAAUUGAUGCUUGUUCUUGGUCCUCCCUCUUUUUGUUUUCCUGCAGGCGAGGUUUUAGAUAAGGUCUUUCAGAUCUAUCCCAACCAGCUGACCGUAGCUCGGAGCCUCCUCUCUCAAGUCUGCUCGAUUGCGGAUUCAGGAACACAGAAUCUCGACUUAGGGCGUUUUUGUAAAGUGGACUUUCUGGUUUUGGUGCCUCCAUCUCACAUUCUAGUGCACCAGACAGCACAACGCAUCCGACAAUCAGGUUUGUACCAAAAAGCAAAUUUCCCAGAUGGAUUUUUUUUACCUGCUUUGGUCUCUAACCCAACAUUUUUUAAGCUUAUUUUUAGUCAUUGCCCAUUCUUUCUUUUUGUUUGUUUCACCCAGGAGUGCUUGUGGAUCUGGGAAUCGAAGACGCCUCCGCUGCCCUUCAGAAACCUGACAAGUAUGUGGUGCGUCUGGAUGGUGACGUUCACGCCAAGAUGGAUGUCUUCAUGAAGAAAGUCAAACAGAACCCCUACACCCUGUUUGUCCUUAUCCAUGACAACUCACACGUAGACCUCACAAGGUAUGCAGAAACAAAGGAUGUUAGAAUCUAAUAUUAUGACAACAAACUUUAUUUUGCUCUGCUAACAAUCUGAAGCUGUGUGCGAAAGGAUGAGUUGUUUUGACUGCAGUUCCAGCCUUGUGCUUUUGGUUCGACACUAAAAUCGGUGAGAGGAGCAAGUAAAAACAAACUCAGCAAAGACUAUCUGGUAUCUUGAGAUUACAAAAAUGUAGGUCACAGGGUUCAGGAUUCUUGUUUUUAUGUCGUUGUUGAGAAUCUUGUUCGUUCAUCAGGAUGAUCUGACAUUUAUUGUACAGCUACAUUUUGUGUAGAUGUAGUUUGACAUUUUACGGGCCUGUUCAGAUGAUUGCUGCUGCCUCCAGCUGCCAAAAUCAUCCGUCCGUUCCAAGUAAACUUUCACUGCCAGAAAAAAUGUAUUAGAUCAUUUCCUGUUUUCCAGAGGAAAAUUUUUCUGGGAAAAACUCAUGCUGUAGUAAUGAGUUGUACAUGUCAAAGCUUUCAUGUACCCUGCAUGACAAGUUCUCCUAUAAUCAUGUUAAAUGCAAUCCAAAACCACGGUAUGAGUUGUAGGGUAAUCUAAAUUGCAAAUGUGUCCCUCUCCCCUCUUCAGUGCUCUGUCAGGCUCUGUGUGCCAUGGGGAGCUGCAGGGAUUGGCUGACCGGGUGGUGAACUGCCAGGAAGUCCUGGAUGCCAUGAACCUCCUGGUCCUACAGGUCAGCUGCUUCCCACACACACUGCAGACAGGCCAGUCCCGCAUCAGCAUCCAUAAUGAAGUUCACUGGCCCUCCAACGAAAGUCUGGUAAGUGUGGUGACUGAAAUACGGACAAAUUUCACAGUUGGCAAAAAAGGUUGAAUAUCUAAAAUAUGUUUAAUGCUGCAAUGAAAGUUGUUGAAAUUAAACCACACACUAUAUUACUGUAACAUUGUUAACCUUUUUUAUGAAAAGACAUGCAGAUUUAGUUUAUCUGAGUUAGUUUGAGGAUGUUAGUUUGCCUCAGUUUCAACCCUGUGGCAAAAUACAUAGAUCAGUUUGUCCCACCUGAGGUUCAGCUACUCCAUCUAGUGGACUUAAACUGUACUUAAGACUUUAAGGAGAACUUGAUCCUCACUGACUUGAGACGUAUUAUGUGAAGACAGAUUUUUUUAGCCACUUUUACCGUAGUAGAUAGAUGAUAUAAAAAAUAAUUGAGGAGAAAAGGAAGCAAACGGUUAGACAACAAAGUACUUGAUUUAUUGGGCUUCUGAGCCUCUUAAAGAACUUUAUCAAUAAAACCUGUUUAUGAAUCGUCUGAUAAACUUCAACAGUGUGUCUCUAUUAAAUUAGCAGAACAGUAUUUGGCCCUGUUUUGUGUUAUUGUGUGUUUUUUAUCAAUCCUGUUGAUGUCCAGCUUCCUCAGAAACGAGGAUAAGAUCAGUGGUUAUAAAAUUAAAGCUCAUACUGUACAUCAAAGAAAUUAAAAAAAACUCAGGAUGAUUUUAAUUUCUCUAAGGGCACUUUUUCUUUUGCUAGAACAUCAAAGUUUGUUCAAGAUUACCUCAUUAAAAUGUCCUUUUUUUACAGCAGUGGUUCUUAAGUCCAGUCGAGGCCCUCUGUCCUGCAUGUGUUGGAUGUUUCCCUGCUCCCUGUGUUUCCCUGAAACACACCUGAUUCAAAUGAUCAGCUCGUUAGUAAGCCAUUACAGAGCUUGAUAACGAGCUGAUCAUUUGAAUCAGGUGUGUUGGAGCAGGGAAACAUUCAAAACAUGCAGGACAGUGGGCCUCGAGGACUGGACUUGAGAACCACUGGUUUACAGUGUGUCAUUUUCACCGCCUGUCAGCACUCAUCCUGCUAUUCUUUUCUUCUUCCAGCAGGGGGAGCAGUCUGCCCAUGAGUUGCUCUACUUUGGCCUGAGGGACUACAGCAGCUCCCUGCAGUGGGGCGUGGCCAGCCCCAUCCUGCGCUGUGAUGAUGCCUUUGAGAAGAUGGUCCACACACUGCUGGAGAGGUCAGCAUGGUGUCAGCGCUUCAAAAUCAAUAACACAGAGGGCUGUUUGGAAGCGAGUCUCCUGCCCUUCUGAAAUGGCGAUCACUGACAUUAAAUAGAGUUAAUGUGGUAUUCAGCCUGUCUUCAUAAACAAACACUCUCUGCUGUUUUGUGUCGCAGACAUCCACACCUACACAGCAUGGUGAUCCGCAGCUACCUGCUGAUUCAGCAGUACACAGAGGCCAUGAUGGCGCUGACCUCCUCCCCCUCCCUGAGAGACCACAUAACCCCAGAGACUCUGGCCAUGGUGGAGGACCUAAUCAAUGCUCCCAGCAGAGAGGGCUCCCAGGGCAGGGGCCACAUGCUGCUGGUUCGAGUCCCCUCUCUUCAGCUGGCCAUGCUGGCUCGGGAGCGACUGGAGGAUGUAAGGGAUAAACUGGGACUCCAGCUGUGCUUCGCUGUGCUGCUGGGAAGCCCCGCCUCUGAACUUAACCUGCCCAGAAACUUCAUCAACCGCCUCAGGGUGAGAAUGUCACAUGCAUAUUUUGUUCUUGUUGUGCUUGCUGAGAAACAUUCGAAGCAUUUACAUUAUGUAACUGGUUUAUUCAAGCAAAGUGUGCACACUCACCUCUAUUUUAGGUUUUCUCUUUUCAAAUUUAUAAUCUCAAACUUCAUUAUUAGAUGACUAGUUUGAAAUCAGUCAAUCAUAAUUAUUCAGUACUAUUAAAUUUGCAAAUUAGACCUGACAGAAAUUAAAAUAAAUCUUAUCUUUCUGUUGUUCUAUUUGAUGCCUUGCACUGAACUUGUCGAGCUGUAAAUAGUAGUCAAUGAUGGUCAAAACUAACUUUCACCUGAUUGUCACUUUCCUUAAGAUUGAAAGAGGCUCCUCUAUUUAAAAACAGAGAAAAACUAUAAAAAUUAAAACCCAGAAGAAGGAUACUGAGCCAACGUCAAAGAUUAAAUCAUGAUUGUGUUUUUUUGUUGUAGGCGUGGAGAGGCUGUGAGAAUGAAGAGUGGGUACCGCACACGUAUGAAGAUCUGGAGGGGCUGCCCUGCAUCGUCAUCCUCACAGGGAAGGACCCUCUUGGAGAGACGUUCCCCAGGUAGACUCAUCCAUCAUGAAUUAUCACCAUCAUUACCAUGAACAGUCGACACUGUUCCCUGUUUUUUCGCUCUGGCUUUGCUCAUAGUCUCAGUGUUGUCUUACAUAUCUGCAUUCACACAUUGUAUUGUCUUCUCAACAUGAGGUCAGGUUACAUUUUUGUUCUGCACACAGUGUGUCAUUCCUCAGUCAGGCGUGUGCGUUGUGUAACAUCACUGAAAUGCAAACAAUUUGUGCAGAGCAUAAUAAAAUGAAUGUACUAUGUGUCAAAGCAGGAAUUAAAAACAGACGGUCACACUUCCUCUCUACUUGAAUGUUUCAAGGUCUCUGAAAUACAGCGACCUCCGACUGAUAGACUCCAGCUACCUGACUCGAACAGCGCUGGAGCAGGAGGUUGGAUUAGCCUGCACCUACGUGUCCAUGAGCGUCAUCAAGGAGCCCAAGCAGGAGACGGCCCCUCGAGAAUCAGACGGAGAGAAGACUAACACCAGUUUAAAUGACGGAGAUGAGUUGGAAAGACCUCAGAGUAAUGGCAGCGCUGCAACCAGAACUUCUGGUGAGUCUGCUGGGAUGCUGGACACUGUGGUGGAGCAUCUUGUAUCUUGAAAUUACGCAAGAACUUCUGACAUUUAACUCUUUAUAUUUCCACUCAGGUUCUUUGGCAGAGAACGGUGUCAGUUCAUCAGAUGUUACAGAGUCUUUGCAGAGGCCCUCCACCUCCUCCUGCCCACCAGAAGGUCCCAUCACCUCAGACAUGGGCUCAUCAACAGAGGGCUUCAAGCAGGAGUGCGACUCUUUGGGAAGCCAACUUUCCUCCAACCCCUCCAAAACCUCCAAACCCCCUCCUUCUCUUUGCUCCAGUUCCUCCUCCUCCUCCCCCUCGCCAUCGUCAUCCACCACCCAGAGGCCCAGCCAGUCCACGCACUGCAGUCGAGACCCUAAACCCGCCCGGGUGGCACCGCGGACAGUCAUCAUGUCUCGGGCGGCGUAUAACCUGCUGGCGGGGGAAUCGGGGAGUCAGUUGAGCUCCUUCUCACUGCUGCCUCAUGCAGAUGUGGCCUGGAGCAGCCCGUUGAGGCCGCUUAUCACCCCCAACCUGCAGGGGGCGGAGCAGAGCAUGUACUACCGACAGUGGACUGUUGCCAGGCAGCAUCACGCAGACUAUGAGGCUCCACCUGUGCCGCAUCCACGCCGCCUGCUGCUCAGCGGACCUCCACAGGUAAUGAAACACAAAUAUUGUAUUAGAUUUACUUUCUUUUGUGUUAAACUUUGAAAAUAAUAUCAGGAUGUAUGAUUUUAUGUGAUCAACCAUACAGCGUGUAAUUGUGAUCACGUGUGGGCGUCUUUUUUUGCUCUCUGCUAGGUGGGAAAAACCGGUGCCUAUCUGCAGUUCCUCCGUAUCCUGUUUCGAAUGCUCAUCCGACUGCUGGAGGUAGAUGUGUACAAUGAGGAAGAGGAGGAAGAAGAAGGUCAAGAUCAUUUGACACUUUCUCUCUAUACUGUUGAUACUCUGAGGAACAUCAUUUCUUAUUUAUGAUGGCGAGUUCGCUCUUCUUCAUAUCUUUUCUUAUUUUUUAACCUCUACAGAAACAUCCGAAGUUACAACCGCCAAUAAUACCCAGUGGCCUGACAUUGAGGAAUUACGAAAGUUGACCUUCGACCCCUAUCCCCGGGACCCUAAGUUCAGGAAUGCCAGCCCUGUCUACACUGACAAGAUGCCAAAGUUCUUAAGAGGUGUGCCAGCACACAGCCAAGUCAGCCCCUGACUUACACAUUUUGGAUUUGCGAUCAUAAAUAAAACAUGGUUGUGGUUUUAAUAUCACAUAAACAAGCUUCUUUUAGAAAGUCAGCAUGUUUCAAUUCUGCUCCCUGCAGACUCAAUCAAAGAGGAAAACGGCCAAACAGCGACCAAAAGAGAAACCAAGUCCAUACGUCUGAGCAAGUUCGCCGCCCACAAUGCCUUUCAUCACUGUGAGCAGUGUCAGCACUACUGUGAAGGAGGCCCAGCCACACAGGUGAGCGCAGCAGACAGACUCAGAGAAAGCUUUUCAUCCACACAGCUACAGUCUAACCCGUCAUAAUACUCUGACAGCUUUUAACUCAGUGCAUUAAAGCCGAAUGGUGGUGUGUCCAUGUUAAUAAUAUUAAUAAUGCAUGUGUGUGUAUCUGUGUGCUGCAGCUAUUGGAGUGCACCUUCCAUUCCUUCACUUUCUGCUCAUCCAUGCUGGGCGAGGAGGUCCAGCUCCAGUUCGUCAUUCCCAAAGCCAAAGAGCAGCACUUUGUCUUCAGUCAGCAGGGCAGCCACCUGGAAAGCAUGCACCUGCCUCUGGUCUCCACAAGGGUAAGUUUACUCUUGUGUUUUUUUGUGCAGCUACCUGGAAGAUCUGCAGCUCUGUCUAUAACUGUUGUUCUCCCCUCAAGGACCCCAACCUCUUAAAGAGCCCGAUCUUCACUCCGACCACAGGACGCCAAGAGCACGGCCUGCUUAACAUUUUCCACGCCAUGGAGGGUGCCACUUAUCUGCACAUUCUUGUGGUCAAACAAUCUGAGAUGCAGCUCUACAGGAAGUACUGGCCUAACCACAUCCUGCUUGUCCUUCCGGCGAUGUUCAACAGUGCAGGAGUUGGUAAGCAGAUUAAACUGAGAUGUGCUGUAAUACCAAAUAUUGUGAGCUAUCAUUUUUGGCCAUGGAUACACUCAUUUUCCUUCAGGACAUUUACUUAUAAGUUCAAUAAAAGUUACUAAAUUUCACUAAAAAUUUCUAGACUUAACUAAAAUCCAGACAUUGACUUUUGAAUUGAGUUUGAAGUUUUGUUUUGAAUUUGUAAAAGAGCAGAAAUAUGGAGAAAAGUGAAAUAUUAAAAUAUUUGAAAAUAAAUCUUUUGAAAAAAUUAUUUCAAGUCAAAAAUAAAGCCUGAAUUGCUUGAAAUGACUGAAAAUAUCUCUUCAAUAAACUUACUACGGAACUAUUUUUAAUAUUUUCUAAUAAGAUUUACAACUGGACUUGUCAGGUAAUUAUAACUUAAAUUAAGUGUAAUAAGACAUUUUAACUAGAAAGGAGACAAAAAUAAGUGCUAAGAUUUAAGUUAAAGCAAAGUGGAAACCGUCCGACUUGUGCCCUCAUGCUUUUAUUGAAUUAAUCACAGCCAUUUGAUAUAAUCAACAUGAUAAUUCUUUUAUUCUCUAAAAGAUCUAAAAAACACAAAUUUAAAGGUGUCUUUUGAAAAUUUUCCGCAGCUAGCCCUUUAUUGCCUGACACCACAAAUUAUGGUCAGAAAAGUCAAGUUUUUUUGGGCUUAAAUGUUUAUUUCACUUACUACUGAAAAACAGAAAGAUCAAAACGUCCUUAAAAUUUAACAAAUAUAUUUAUUUUUCUCGUUUGAUACAUUAGAUGUUUUUGGAAACUGAUAAACUACAAGAGUACAUUUUUAUUAUUUAUCAGACUGAAUUCAGGUGUUUUUUUAGGAAUUUGUUGUUCAUAUUGAUUUGAUAGAAGUAUCAUAAAAGUUUGUAUCAAAUAUGAUACAAAAGUCAUUCAUGGGUAAAAGUUAACAAUAGUUUUGUUCAAAUAUUUAUUUUUCUAAUUAGAAUCAAAUUAGAAAAAUUGCAUUUUAACCUGUUUUUCCCUCUAAAAUGUUACUUUAUUUUCUAAAGGGGAAUAUUUUCAGUCCUAAUUUGUUUUUCAGCCUACGAACUCUUUUUUUUUGUCUUGCCUGCGUCUGCACAUUUCAAGGAUUCCUUGUUUGUCUCUGCCACCAACCACUCAUCCCAAUGUCACAACAUUCAUGACAUCAUUUCUGUUCAGCACUACCAGCUGUCAAAACCUCUACAAGGACAUUUACGUCUUUCUAAUCUCUCUACUAUUAACAAGAGAUUUAUUACAAAGAGUGAGACACCAUACCUCAUGUUUUAUUACAGUCAAGCAGGUUUUUGUACAGCAGGUAGAAGGUUCAUGGUGGCCUUAACAAUUUAAAGCGCCCCUUUGCGUGUAAACGUGUGCAGCACUAAAGUCUGAUCUGUAAGUAAGCCAUUUAGGUGUGUGUGGCCUGUCUGUAAUGAGUUUAACUAAAGUCAAUAGCUCUCAAUUAGAUACCAAGAGGGAUGAGUGAGGUCGAGGGACCAUUUAAACUUUUACCCACUUUAUUCCAGGGCGUCAUCCUGCUGAGUAUGCUGAGGAUAGACGGAACAAGAAUAACCUUUUAAAAAAUUAAGCAAAUUAAAUGUUUAUCUUUUUUUAUUUGACUUUCACUGCUUCUUUCUGCAGCCCUUUGUCUCCUCCUGAAGGCUCAGUUUUUUGAGGUUGAGUGAAAAAAAAAAAAACACUGACACCUGCGCUGUUGUCUGUUUAAGGUGCCGCGCGCUUCAUGAUCAAAGAGCUGUCAUACCACAACCUGGAGCUGGAGAGGAACCGACUGGAGGAGCAGGGUGUCAAAAGACAGGAUGUAUGGCCUUUCAUCGUCAUGAUGGACGACUCCUGUGUGUUGUGGAACGCCCACCAGCCAGCAGACAGCAGGUAGGAACCGUUUGUCAUUUGUCAAAUUUACAGAGAGGAGUUCUAGACUGUUUAUUCACACUGGUUAUCUUUUUUCUUUUGGUGUACUCUGAUAAUUCUACUUCUUGGGUUGAAAAUGUACAGUAUACAGUAUUAUAACCAUGUCAUAAAUAUACACAUAACUUUGAAUUCCAUAUAAUAACAAUGUUUUUAUGAUCCUGUCCCUCUUUUUCUCAGUGAUUCAUCUGACGGAGGCUCGGUUGUCACUGAAGUAUCUCUGAAGACAGUGCUGCAGCAUAUGGAAACCACACCAAAGAUCUCGCUGUAUGCAAUGUGCAGCAUUCGUAAGUGGAACAGCAGCCUGGCUCACAAGUCUCCCAGUCGACCCUUCAGCCGGUGUCACCUCCAUGACUUUGUCAUGCUCAACGUGGACCUGACGCAGAAUGUUCAGUACGACCUAAACAGGUAAAUCACUGGAUGAAUGUGUUUGUUAUUCUCAGAUUCAGUGUUUUAAUGUUCCGGCGUUAACGUUGUGUUCCUGUGUGCAGGUAUAGCUGUGAGGAGGUGGACUUUAAUCUGCGCGUGAACAGUAGUGGGCUGCUGCUGUGUCGCUUCAACUACUUCAGCUUCAUGAAGAAACACAUUCCAGUUGGGGGCAACAAAGAUUUCCAGGUCAAACCUAAACUCAUGGUGGGUGUCAUGUUGAUAAAACAGACCCAUUGUUUCACUGUGCUUUUUGUACUUUCAGCAUAAAACAGUAUCAAUAGUGUGUGAUUAAACUGCUUUCUCCCUCUACAGAAAAUUGAAAACCACGCCCUCAUCAGCCCGUUACAGUACGUCUGCGCUCCAGACAGCGAGCAGACCCUCCUGGAUGCCCCGGCCCAGUUUCUACUUGAAAAAUUUCUGCAAAGCUGCAGCCACAGACUGUUUCCAAUGGCUGUUAGGAACAGAAACAACCCAGUUCUGUCCGUCGACAGCUACCUCAACAUCAGCCCGGAGGUAAGAGGUCCCGGGAGGUUGCAGUUGCAUGUAGGACUGGAGCUUAUUAGCAUUUUGCUUGUGACUUAAAACCAGACUUCUUUAACCAAGUCUUUUGAGAUGGAAGUGCUGCAUCUUUAUACCUACUUGCUUAUUUUAACAUACAUCUUACUGUUGAAAGGGGACCUCAAAGUUCAUAACCAUUGCAACACUUAAGUGGGAGUUAUGCUCGGAUGUUUAUAAAGACAAAAGGAUUAGGUUUUUAUUUUCGAUGUUGCACAGUUGUACCAUCUGUUUUGCUCAGAACAUUGUGACCUGCAUCCACGCACAUGUGCAGAUCUCAAUGCAGACUGUGCACAUUUGAACCGUUUAUUUGUGCGUGUGAAGACAUACUGUUUUGUUCUGUACGACCUCACUGGAAAUAAAUUAGGAUGCACACACUUACAGAAGUGCAACAUUUGCCAGCCCUCAUCAGCUGCACAGAGGAGUUCUUGAAGUAAAUUCAGAUUAUUUAGUUCGUCGUAACCUCGAUGGGAUAAUGAGUUGUCCUCUGUUGCAGAUUUCUGUAUGCUACAUCAACUCUCGCCCACACUCCACCAACCUGAAACAUGAGGGUCUGCUGUUCAGUGGCCUCCUGCUUUACCUCUGUGACUCCUUCGUUGUCUCUGGACUCCUCAAGAAAUUCCGCUUCCUUAAAGGUAAAUGAUUGAGUUACCACUAAUGCUUUCUGCGCUUGUUUUAUGCUCUCCUGUCUUAUCCUGAGGGAUUCUUAUUUAACCGCGGUUGUAUCCACAGGUGCCACUCUCUGCGUAAUCAGCCAGGACAGAAGUUCCCUCCGUCAGACCAUCGCCAGACUGGAGCUAGAGGACGAGUGGCGGUUCCGCCUGCGGGACGAAUUUCAGACAGCCAACUGCAGCGAGGACCGGCCCCUCUACUUUCUGACUGGCCGCCUUGUUUGAACCUAAACCUCAUGCUGCUGAAACACAAUCAGAAAGGAGAGAGGCGAAUCCAAAUCAGCCAGCAUUCACGGUUCCUGUCACUCUGAUGGAAGGUCAUAAAGAGAUUAGCUGAAGUGCCCCACACGUGGACACCUGAUAUAACUUUCUCUACACCUGCACCACCACAGUGCACUAUAUCCAGCUCUGAAGGGGGUCAGGGUGGGUUUUAACCCUGGCUUGUAGCUGGGCUUGUUUUCCUUGAGAGCUUCUACUGAAACGUCUUUGCUGUGGAAGAAAAAGCACAGCUGAAACUGAACUUUAUUCUUUCUUUUGUCGUAUUUUUUUUUUUUGCAAAAAUGGGCACCGUCCCAUUGAUAACGUGACUGUUUGAAGAUUGUAACGUGUAUAUGAACUAUGAUCGUAUGCCCCAAGCUGGACAUACUCGUUUUUAUCUCAGGGUUUUAAAGGGAGAUCCAAGGGCGGCUGCUGAAUGAGGUACAGCUUUUCUCCACUGCAUUAACUUAUGUUAGCACCAAAGACAUCCUCAGCUGCACGUCGCCUUUUCCUUUUGCUUUCCUUCACACCUGCUCUGCCUCAUAAACUCUAAAACUCACUAUCACUAUCGAAGACGUUCGCCUGUUUCAGAUUUCACCAUUAAGACUAAAAUUAUUCUAUAAUGCCGUUAAAAACCAGCACAUUCAGGAUUCGUUUGGACUUUUUCCUUCCUGAAACCAGAAUCGGAAACACAGAUUUAUGUGUUUUACUGACAACAAAUACAAAAUACAGAAGUGAAAACACAAGUUACUAACAUUUUGCUAGCUUCGACUUACAUUACGCUCCUCGCUAGAACCACAGUAGUCUUGUUUGUUAGUCUGAAGACAGUUUAUUCACUCAGUAUCUAGAAAAGAAAAGAAUAUCUGAACAUUUUCUGACUGGAUAUCUUAUUAGACGGUAUCAGGGGCCAAAACUGAUGCCUGUUUCUGAAUGAUGGAACAAAUCUACAUUUAUUUUACUACAGAUCAGACUCAUUUUCUGCCGUGCCUCUUAAUAUUUUUAAAUGGCAUUGAUAAUCCUUUAGGAGUUUAUGAGUGUGGUUAAUGUGUCGACAUGAUUCGCACAACAAUUUAUCCAAAGAUUUCAUUCACAACUUCUGAAAGUAAAGUAGAGUAUCUAGUUAAUCAUUGUUUCCCUAUAGCUUGUAUAGACAAGAGUGAAGGAGGUCUGUAGUCCAAAAACAGAUUGGUCUGACACGCCACAGGGUUUUACUCCUCUGUUUCAAGCUAACCAAUCUAAUCAAGAAGAAAUUACACAAAUGUGUUCUUAGCGACAUAUAUUUUUCCAUUGAGGUGUUUUUGGAUCAAAAUAGCAGGUAUUUUAAUCAUACAAUAUCAGUAAAUGUUGUUAAAAAUCCCUGCCAAAUAUCCUGCAGCUCACUAUGCCUGGAUUCCACCUCCUGUUCUGAUGAUUGUUCUGAGUCCUGUCAUCCACACAUGAAAGUCCGAAACUGCGACUUAACUCUGCCAAAAUGAAGUGUAAUCAAAAAAAGAAGAAGAAGAAGAAGCCAAAAGCAGCUGACCGUAUCAUUUCAUGUACUUGAAAUAAGAAUGUUUUUAUAUGUUUCUGCACAGGGUUGUCCAAAGAAUAUGCCUUAAGUGAGGUUUCAGACUGUCACUGCUCGAGUCAUUACUUUUUAUUUUGACCAAUGAGAAUGAAGAAGCCAUGUAACUGUGAGGGGGGAAACACAAUGUUGUUUGAGUUGAGCAAAUGAAAUAAUUGGAUUUUUGGACUACUGUACUGUUGAAAGCUUUGUUUACAUUAUUAAUAUAUUAUAUGGUCCCCUGAACCACUGAUGGUUACUGAUGUUUUCUAGUCUUGUGUUACUUUUGCCAGUAUAUUUUGGUCAUUAUGUCUUUCUGCAUUUUUGUGAUGUUUGCAAAGGCAAGAAGAAUCUACCUAGAUGUGUCUUUACCCCAUAUGUCUGUCCCUUCUUGUACUUGUGUUGGGUUUUUGUUCAAAGUGAAGUCAAGUCCAUACGGGGAUUCUUAUUUAUUUGACAAGUAUUUUUUGGACUGAUAAUCAUAUUGAUGUGUAAUAUUUGAUUGCAUGCUGAGCUCGCUUUAAACAAGGGAAUGUGUCCUCUUCAAAGAACAUCCAUAACGGCUUUGCACAAGACCCAAAAUGAAUGAUACUAAUGAUCUACUGAAUGUCAUGGGGGGCGGGAAAUGUGAACUUGCACUAAACAAGUUGCCAGCUGAAUAAUUUGUUUCCCACUGUUAAAUGAAACCAAAAGUUAGUCCACAUGUAAGACUGGUGAUCAAAAGUGUAACUUAAACUCCAAAGGUCCAAAGAAUGUGUCUUUCUUUUUGAUAAUUUAACACAUAAUAUGCAACUUGCUUUCACAAUCUCCACUCAAGUGUGUUUGAUGACCAUGUGCAGCCAAGUGGUGGCCGUGGUGUCUGGGUGAUCUACCUCAUGUUUACUAUUGUGGUUGCAGCCUGUGAACAUAUGACAUCAGUCAUGCUAUUGUUGAUGAAAAUUUAUGAAUGUAAUAAAGAUUACCUUUAAACUAA